AUGGAUCCUAAUAAUAAUUUAGAAAGUAAAUUGUGGUUAAAUUCCCCAGGGUCAUCCGGCAGGAAUGAAGGAUAUCCAACGAAUGAAUUUAAAGGCCUGACCCUCUCUGACCCAACUGAUCUGCCGCUUUCAGCGGACAUUGUGCCCCUGAAAAUUUCAAACGGACCUCAGGACGAGGUGGGCUCCGACGAAUUUGAAGUCAUGGUUAACGACCUCCGAAGCAUCUUCAUCUGCUGGCUCAAAAAGACUCAAAACAGCCUAAAAUCGCAGCGCGAGAACCUAAUCCGAGAAGCAGACGAAUUACAAAAGGAGAAAAACGCAUUCGUACAGAAGAUUAAACAAGAAAGAGCUAUUGAAGCUGAGAAAUUAGCGGAGGAUAGAAGAAGACAGAAUGCAGAAAUAGCAAGCCAGUUGAAACAGAUACAAAUAGAAAGAGAAGACUCAAGGAGAAGAAUAGAAGAUGAUUGGUGCAAGUUGGAGCACGAAAAGGACGUAUUUAGGAAGUACAUGCAGCUGGAGGCCGAGAAGCUGAAACAGAAAAUUGAGUUAUUGGAACAAGAGAAGCGCAAGGUCGUUGACAGUAAAAUUGCGUCCGAGACUAUGGUAGAUAUCAACGUAGGAGGAGUUGUAUUUGAAACCUCAAGGCAUACACUGACUAGACAAGAAAACAGUUACCUCAACGGACUCCUGAGCGGAAGAUACGAAGUUGGAAGGGACCGCCAAGGCAGAAUCUUCCUGGACAGAGACUACGAACUUUUCAGGAUCAUACUCAACUUUUUGAGAAAUCCCACAUCUCUUCCAAUUCCAAGGGACUUGACGGAAAGCGCAAUGAUAUUGGAGGAGGCUAAAUACUAUAAAGUAAAAUUCAGCCCAUAUCCAUUGGUGUUGUGUUACGGAGGCCAUAACGGGAAGGAGCACUUGCGAUCAAUGGAGCUGCUUGACAUGGAAAGCAAGGUUUGGCGUAACUGCAACCCAAUGGCCACCGAACGUAUGUACUUUGGCUCGGGCGUUUUGAACAACUUUCUGUACGUAUUUGGAGGCCAAAAUCUCGACUACAAGGCACUUUGUGAUGUAGAAAUGUACGACCGACUUAGAGACUCAUGGCAGUCUGCAGCACCCCUGAAACAACCCAGACGCAACAACGCAGGAGCUGCCCUAGCUGAUCGCCUUUUUUGUGUAGGAGGCUUUGACGGAAUGAACAUUUUGGACUCAGUUGAGUCGUACGAUAUGCGAAUGAAGAAUUGGAUACCCGUAGCAUCUCUCAAUUUGCCCCGUUCCUCGGCCAUGGUGACCCACCAAAAUGGAUCUCUAUAUGCAAUAGGAGGUACAACUGGUGAGCGCCUAAAGUCAGUAGAGCGCUAUGACGUUAGGAAAAACGAAUGGGAACUGAUAAGCAACGGAUUAUUAGAAGUUAGGUCAGCCGGAGCGGCAUGCACUUACCUUAAUGAGAUGUUCAUCGCCGGUGGAAUUGACAACCUCCAGUCUGUACACUCAUCUGUCGAGACUUGGGACUCAAAGAAUCAAACCAGUUCAUUUCUUAAGGACGUCCCAGUCCCUGUCAUGGACUGCGCUAUGGCAUCAACUCCUCACAAUAUUGUCCUUGUUGGAGGACAAAAUAAUAACAUUCUUGAUUCUACUUUCUUUUAUCAACCAGAAUCUGACCAAUGGACUACAGGUUUGUUACAAUAA